AUGCUUUACUCACUCAACACAAGACACUCAAUUCCCUCUCAAUAUCCUCCGAAGACUCCGAAGUUCUAUACUCAACUUUCUAGAUUCAACUCAAGAAUCCUAACUUAUACUUUCACCAUGAAGUUCACCAUCUCCGCUAUUGUCUCUUUGCUGGCAGUCGCCGUCUCUGCCGCACCCCUCGAGGCUCGCCAGGCAAGCACAGUCUCUGUGGUUCUUUCCAACGACCAGUCCGGUGCAACUGGUACUGCGACCUUCCAGCCUGACAACACCGACAGGAGCAUCUUCGCUCUUUAUGGCAGCACCCCUGUUGGGGCAGGUGGCACAGUGAAGGCGAGCUCUGCCUUUUUCAAUGUCGCCCCGGUGAACAUCAACUGCGUGAUUAUCAACAACGGAGUCACCAUUGCCACCUUGACAAAUGACAAGUCCUUUGCGGACCUCGAUGGAAAUGCCGGCCAGGCUACUCCGGUCAACCUCAACGGCGCCAUCAUUCGAUGCCACGUCUAG